AUGGAUGUUGCUGGUGACAAAACUAACACAUCGUCUACAAACUCAGAAAGAACAACAUUUAGUACAGUACGUGGUGUAUUGAGUGAAAAAAUAAAAGUUAUAUGUGGAAAAGUUUUGAUGAUAGAUUCACCGUUGCUAUCACGAACGCUGUUGAAUCGCUCUAUAAGCGGUCACAAUAUGACUGACAUACACAAAGCAUGUGAAGUAUUAAUUAAAAUGAAAUUAUUAUCGUUAAAAACGAAUUUUUUGGCUAAUAAACAUAGUUAUCAGCCUUGUUAUUUGAAAUUAUUACCACAUACAGUAGUAGAAGAGAUUAAUUUCUCGAUGAUGUUAAAAGAUGUUGGAAUUAAAGAUAUUCAAAUGUAUUUUAAUACUAUGAGGAAGAUUAAAACAAAAAAUUUGGCAUUUGUUACGCAAGAUGCAUUGGCCUUGUUCAAUAGUCCACCUUAUUGUGAACAUGUACUGAAAAUUGGUGAACGUUUAGUAAUGAAACCAACCGGAAGAAAAGNAUUUUCACGUACCAACUCUGAAUUAUGCACAGUUGAUCCUUCGUUUAUAUUUCUACGCCAGAAUUAUUUACAAAGUAUUGCUUCAACUUGUUUUUGCAAACAUUCACAAGAUUAUAGUAUGGCAGUUGAUUUAAAUCUAAAAAAUUCCAAUUUAUCGUGCAAAAUACAAACAGUGUCUACAGAAGAUCAUAAUUCAGAGUUGGUACGUGAAAAUAUAUCAACAUCAGCAGCGA